AUGGCGGCGACGCUGGCGAGGAGGGCGGGGCGCUCCACGGCGGCGGCGGCGCUAUGGGGCGCGGCGAGGGGCUUCGCGUCGGUGGGGUCCGACAUCGUCUCGGCCGUGCCCGGCGUAUCGCUGCAGAAGGCGCGGUCCUGGGACGAGGGCGUCGCCACCAAGUUCGCCACCACGCCUCUCAAGGACAUCUUCUACGGGAAGAAGGUGGUCAUCUUCGGCUUGCCCGGUGCAUAUACAGGGGUUUGUUCACAAGCGCAUGUUCCUAGUUACAAGAACAAUAUUGACAAGUUGAAAGCAAAAGGGGUCGACUCUGUUAUCUGUGUAGCUGUGAAUGAUCCGUAUGUCCUGAAUGGAUGGGCAGAAAAGCUAGAGGCUAAAGAUGCAAUUGAGUUCUAUGGUGACUUUGAUGGGAGUUUCCACAAAAGCUUGGAUUUGGAGAUAGACCUUUCUGCUGCUUUGCUUGGCCGCCGUUCUCACAGGUGGUCUGCCUUUGUUGACAAUGGUAAGAUCAAGUCUUUCAAUGUUGAGGAAGCACCGUCCGACUUUAAGGUUUCUGGUGCAGAGAAGACAGGCAUAGGAAAUAGCCAGGAGCAGCAGCCGGCGGCGGCCAUAGCCCAGGAGCCCGGAGCUGUUUCUUCGUCGCAGGAAUGGGCAAGAAUGGCAUCCAGAGGCCUGACAUCGUCGCCGUGGUCGUCGCAGGUGGACGCCUUCACGGCGGGGCCGUUCAAGGGCAACCCCGCCGCGGUGUGCCUCCUCGAGGACGCCGCCAAGGCCGCUGACGAGCGGUGGAUGCAGUCCGUCGCCUCCGAGUUCAACCUCUCCCAGACCGCCUUCCUCCUCCGGGACUCCUCCGCGGCCGGCGCCGCCCCGCGGUUCCAGCUCCGAUGGUUCACCCCCGCCGCUGAGGUGGAGCUCUGCGGCCACGCGACGCUGGCCUCCGCCCACUUCCUCUUCACAUCCGUCCUCGCGGAGCACGAGGCGCUCAUCGAGUUCUCGACCAAGUCGGGGAUUCUUACCGCCAAAAAGGUUGCUGCGCCGGAGAGUACGGGCGUGUCAGGCAAGGGGAAACUGUUCAUUGAGCUGGAUUUCCCCAUGAUUGACCUCGUUGAUUGCCAUCCUUCUGAGCUGCCGUCCAUCCCCGAGACGCUGAACGGAGCUUCCAUUGUCAGCGUUCACAAGUCAACGACCGCUGGUGACCUCAUUGUGGAGCUUUCAUCAGGAAAAGAGGUUGCUGAUAUCAUUCCUAACAUUCAUGAAAUUAAAAUGUGUUCUGGUGGAGGAAUUAUUGUUACAGGGCCAGCGCCUGCUGGAUCUGGUUAUGACUUCUUCACGCGUUUUUUCUGCCCAAAAUUUGGGAUACCUGAGGAUCCCGUUUGUGGCAGUGCGCAUUGUGUCUUAGCACCUUAUUGGGGCGGGAAGCUGGGGAAACACAAACUGACGGCAUUUCAAGCAUCUCCACGGAGUGGAAUACUAUACCUGGAGUUAGAAGCUGCAGGCAGGAGAGUGCGAAUUCAGGGCGAAGCUGUUACUGUGAUGACUGGUACCCUCCUAGCGUAG